AUGGAAACCUUAUCGGGUUGCGAGGUUACUGUAUUAGAGCAGUUGCAUAGGAAGCGCUUGGCUAGUUCUUCGUUGGUCACAAAGGAGGUAACUAUCCCAAAUUCAUCCUCCCAAUCGGAAUCAAGCCUGGAUUCUAAUAUCAAUCCAUCUAGAACGGAUAUCUUUGUGUUUGUUGUACAUUCUCCUACCAAGAAGAUAGUAAAAUCAGAGCCUGACAGUGGAAAACCCCCAUUUUCUUCAACCAAAGUUGUGAUAAAGGGUUCUUCCUUGAAAAUAAAAACUGGAUCAGAGAGAACUCUUUGGAAGGAGUUAUGA